AUGUCUAAACUCACUUCCCAUUUGAAGCUGUACCCGGUGGUUAUUGUUGUCUACGAACCUGUCCACAAACAACCGGCGGUGAAAUCGGUAAAGGCCACGGUCAAACCUUACGUCACUGCGAUCAGGUGUACCGAGCCCAUCCAACUGGUGGUCGAUAUCAUCGAUUGGGCUGGCCACGAACUGCUUAAUGGCUUUGACUGGGUGGUGUCGUGGGUGGUCCCCACUGCCAAACCGAAAUACGUGAUCAAGGACAAAAUCCUCACCUUAACCCACUCCAAGUAA